AUGUCUUAACUUAUGAUUAAGCACAAUUACAAUAUUGGAAUUAAAGAAUGGGAAAGACCUCUAGGAAGUGUUUAUAAAUAUUAGUUUAUUAAUAGAAAACCAGAUCCUAAUCUUUUUAAACCAAAUCAUCCUUCACACUCUUAAGUUGUCAUUCCUCACGAACAUUAAACAAAUUAAAACAAAUUAUAAUAGCAUUUCACUAGCGAAACUAAUAAAUCUUUUGUAAAAUAUAUUAAUCCUGAGAAAAGAAAACCACUUUUAGGAACAUAAGAUUUAACUUAAUCAAAAUUUGUAGAGGCCUCUCUAAAACAUGGAUUUAAUUACAAUAGAAGUACUAAAUCAAUGAGUCAUUAAUUACAUGAUUUUAAAGAUCCUGCAACAGUUCCAGAUGUAAAAUGGAAACCCUAAAGAUAAAGAUUUAAUCCUAUAACAAAUGAAGUAUAUGAAAGUGAUAAACUAGUUAAAGCUUCUCAAUUUGAUUUCUACAAUGACCUAAAAUCCAAGAAUAGAUUAACUCAUAAUUACUCUCAUAUACCUUAACCUAAGGAAAGAAUUGAUAUAAUAACAGGAAGAAAGCUUCCACCUUUUUGA